AUGAAUAAAUUUUGUGUAUUAAGAGAAGAUGAAGGAAAAAUAUAUUUUGGGAGUAACACAAAAAAUUUUAAAGGAGCAGAUAAAUCCAGAAAAAUAUAUAUGCAGGAAGAAUCGAAUAACGAUGGCGAAAUAAUUUUUAAUAACUUCGACCAAAUGAAUAAGGAGAGGGAAUUAAAUGAAGACAUGAUAUGUGCUUAUGGAAAUGCAUUUAUAGAUGAGGCAGCCAUAAUAAGUGGAGGAGGUUACGAGGAAGAAAAUAAGUGUGGCCAAAUUUUUAUUCUGAAUCUUAAUCAUGUUAAUUUGAAGUCCGCGUUGCGUUUUAUGGCUGAUUGUUGCUCAUUUCUAUGUGCCGUAGGGAUUUGGGGCAUUUUGGAAGACGUUUUACGUAUAUUGUCGGAUGAUGAUCAUUAUGUGAAGCUUUACUAUUACUUAAUUUUUACUAUUUUGUGUACUUCAAUCACUUGCACUUUUAAUUUGUACCUGUCGAAACAUGAGCAUAAGCGUGACUACAUGUGUGAGGACUCGGAAUGCCAUGUGUGA